AUGAAAAAGAAGGUCGAAACGAAGUUGCCACGAUUUAAGUGCCACCACCACUCUGAUGAAAGAAAAAUUCGAACCGUUGCGUACAACCGUGCAGAUAGAAAUAAAGAAAGAGAUAAAAGUAAACAUGUCAGGAGAGCUCUACUCUUCACCUUUUUAUUCCUUUUUUUUUCAUUAACCCGUUUUGCACAAUGCCAAGUGACCAAAAAGAAAGUCUCCGUGAGUGAAAUCAAUUUCGACAGUGCCGUGGAGGAUGUCCAAUGGUGCGGAAACAAUCACAUGACUGUUCUGGUCAAAACAGUCAAGGGAAGAUUGUACAGAAGUUCGGAUGGAGGGAAAAUUUGGACCAACAUUACAAGCAGUUUGUCGGAAAAUCCAGUUAAUAAAAAUGAGCCAGAAAAUCAUACGAAUGAGGUGACCACCGUAGAUCUCAUCAUGGUGAACCCUGUAAAUAAAAAUAUAAUUCUAAUUAUUGGUAACCAAAAAAAUCAUUUCGUCUCGGAAGAUUCCGGAGAAACAUUUCGAUUAAUAAAUUAUAAAAAUAAAAUAAACUUUUGGCAAUUCCAUAGUACCAAGACACACUGGGCAUUGGUGUCCUCUUGGACCUCAGCUUGUUACUCUACGGAUGAAAAAAGCGGAGAGUGUAUGCAAACAUUAUCGGUGACAAAAGAUUUAGGGAGAACCUUCCAGCUUAUAGAUAUUUAUGUAGUUCAGUUUAAUUGGGGAGAUAAAGACACCCAUUCAGAAGACACAGUUUAUUACACACGACAUAAAAACCGAAAUGGACAUCAACAGAGAUUCAGUGGAUGGUCAAAAGAUGUCGAUUUUGUAAGAACAGACAAUUUUGGAAAAAACGUAGAUGUGUUAGUCAAACAAGGAAAUAAAUUUUUAAUUUCCAAUGGGUAUAUAUUUGUGGCUAGACUCAAUGAUGUCAUCAAGCAAACUGUAAACAUGAUGGUUUCAACAGAUGGAGGAAAAACUUUUAAUAAAGCUAACUUGCCAGAAAAUAUACAUGAAAAAUCUUACACCGUUUUAGACACCUCCGAAGGUGCUAUCAUGCUGCAUGUAAAUCAUGGAACAUCAUCAGAUAGAAUCAACACAGGAAAUGUAUAUAUAUCAGAUGCAUCUGGACUGAAUUAUACUCUUUCGCUACCAAACAAUAUUCGAACAGCAUCAGGGGAAUGUGAAUUUGAUCGAAUAUUAAGUUUGGACGGAGUGUACAUUGCCAAUUUUCUCGAUGAAAAUGAUGAUAUAAAAGAUGAAGAUCUACGAUUUCAUAAUUUUAAAGCACAGCUGGAAGAAGACGUUAAUCCAUUUCAGACAAACACAGAGAAGAGAAAAAAACAGGCAGCCAAGGGAAAAAACGAGGACCUCGUCAGGACAGUAAUUUCUUUUAAUAAAGGUGGUCACUGGUCCUAUUUGAAAGCACCCAAAGUUGAUAGUAGGGGAAAUAAAUAUGACUGUGGAGAUAACUGCUUCUUACACUUACAUGGAAUUACAAACUACCAUCAGUAUGCCCCUUUUUACUCCAUUGAAAAUGCCGUUGGAAUAAUUAUGGGGACUGGUAACGUAGGUACCCAUUUAAGGUACGAAAGUGAUGAGGUGAAUACUUUCCUGUCAAGAGAUGGGGGAGUGACCUGGAUGGAAGCACAUAAAGGGCCAUAUAUUUACGAAUAUGGAGACCAUGGGGGGCUGAUAGUCAUGGCUGAUGACUUACGUAAAACUAAUCAAAUUGUUUUCAGUUGGAAUGAAGGACAGAGUUGGUUCGAUUUUGAAUUAGGACAAUUUUCAAUCGAUGUUGAUAACAUUGUAGCGGAGCCAAAUUCUUCUUCAGUUGAAUUUUUAGUAUAUGGAACAAGAAACGAUGUCGGGGUGCUUUACCAUUUAGAUUUUAAUGCACUCGGUCAACCUCUAUGUAAAGGGUUAUGGGCAGCUGACUCUGUAUCUUCAGAUUAUGAAACGUGGUCACCUACCAGUGGAUCCUUUUCGGACAAAUGUAUAUUAGGAAGAAAAAUUACCUACACAAGGAGAAAGCAAACUUCUGAAUGUUUUAAUGGAAAAGAUUUAAAAAGAACUGUUGAUAAAAAGUCCUGUGAAUGUACACCAGAGGAUUACGAAUGUGAAACUGGCUUUACAAGAAAAGUAGGAAGUUACGAGUGUAAGCCGAACGACCCCACGCUGACCAUCGAAGGAUGUACUAGUAGUUCUUAUUUUUACGCAAAUGCGUAUAGAAAGGUGCCAGGGGAUAUAUGCGUUAAUGGUUGGAUCCCCGAGAAGGUCCCCGUGCCUUGUCCCGCACACGCGCCAUUUAACAGGACCGCCAAGUCCAUCCUGUUCAUACUUUUCAUUUUGGGCUUGAUCAUGCUCAUAGUGACGUACCUCUGCCGAAACCCCAAAUUUAAGCACCUCUUUUAUAACUAUGGCUUCGACACCUUCGAGCAUGUCAAGUACUCGGUCAUUAAGACGAAAAGAGGAAACGUAAGCACCAACGUGUUUGAACCGGAAAUGGAGUUCAUAGAUGCGGAGCAGGACGACAAUGAGGAAGAUGUACCAACACUUAUGUCAUAUUCCAACGACAGGAACAGAACGCGAAACAGUGAUUUCAAGUUAACGAGGAAUCGUUCCAACCAGAAUAAUUAUUUAACAUCAAGAAAUGUUUCCCCCCCGAAAAAGUACCCAGAAAAUAUUGAGCUUUUAUGA